CGUCUUUCUCCCUCCUGACCACGUACACACACGCUGCAGACAAUCUAGCCGAAGGAAGGGGAGCUUAACUAUGAAGCUUUAGUUCACGAAGUCUUUGUUGCAGCUUCCCUAUUCCUCCAGCUCUCCGUGGGCUCUUUUCCAUCCAGCCGUGACUCCGGCGGAGUCGCUUUUGCGCAGAAAAGGCUGCUCGGUGCGCUCAUACGGCCCAUGAGGAAUGGACAAAAGUUUUUUGUAGUUGCAUUGGUCGAUUUUGCUUUUUCUUUUCACGACGGGCUUGUCUGCGACGACGGAUUUGGUGGAGAAAAAAAAAAGUUAGUUUCCCAAACUUUUUGAGGGGAGGUAGUUUGCAGAAACCAGAAUGCUCCCGCAGCUGCUCAGCCUGGCCUGCGGUCUCUGCUGCUUUGGCUUCAGCUCUGUCGGCGCAAAUGUACUAAAAGCAGAGGCGUGGUUGCAGCAGUAUGGAUACCUGCCUCCCGGGGAUGUCAGAGCUCAGGCCAUCCGCUCGCCAAAGUCCAUUGAAUCAGCGAUAGCAGGCAUGCAGAGGUUUUAUGGGCUGACUGUCACCGGCUCCAUAGACGCCAGCACGUUAGAGGCAAUGAGCCGGCCACGAUGUGGAGUUGCAGACAAGUUCGGCCCAGAGCUGAAAACCAACCUGAGGAAAAAGAGAUACGCUAUACAGGGUCUGAAGUGGGACAAGUCUGAGGUGACUUUCAGCAUAGAGAACUACACCCCCAAAGUUGGCGAAAGAGCCACGUUUGAUGCCAUCCGGAAAGCCUUUAAGGUGUGGGAGAGUGUCAUCCCGAUCACCUUCCGAGAGAUCCCCUUCAGUCACAUCAGAGGCAAAGUCGACAAGUAUGCCGACAUUAUGUUGUCCUUCGCAGAAGGCUUCCAUGGUGACAGCACGCCAUUUGAUGGCGAGGGUGGCUUUCUAGCACAUGCUUACUUCCCCGGCAGCGGGAUUGGGGGAGACACACACUUUGACCUUGCCGAACCUUGGACUACCGGGAACGAUGACCAGGGAGGAAAUGACAUUUUCCUGGUGGCGGUCCAUGAGCUGGGUCACGCUCUGGGUCUGGAGCACUCCAAUGACCCGUCCGCCAUCAUGGCCCCCUUCUAUCAGUGGUUUGAGACAGAGAACUUCCAGCUCCCUGAUGACGACCGAAGAGGCAUCCAGGCUAUCUAUGGAACAAAGUCGGGUGGUCCGCCUCCUCCCCCUCCUCCCACAAAGCCGCCCAAGCCCGACAAGCCGGACCAUGGCCCUGACAUAUGUGAGGGACAUUUUGACACCGUCGCCAUCCUCAGAGGGGAAAAGUUUGUAUUUAAGGGCAAGUGGUUUUGGCGUUUGCGUAACAACAAGGUGUUGCCUGCAUACCCAAUGCCCAUUGGUCACUUCUGGAAAGGCCUGCCCUCAAAUAUCGAUACUGCCUACGAAAGGGAUGAUGGGAAAUUUGUUUUCUUCAAGGGUGACAAGUACUGGGUUUACAGUGAGUCCACCAUGGACAAGGAUUCCCCCAAAAGCCUCAGGGACAUGGGCACCGGUCUUCCCAAAGACAAGCUUGAUGCUGCACUCUUCUACACACCGACAGGACAGACAUACUUCUUCAGAGGAACUCAAUAUUACCGUUUCAAUGAGAAAACCCGCAGAGUGGACACCGGCUAUCCAAAACCAAUCAGCAAGUGGAGCGGGGCCCCAGAUAAUAUUAAGGCUGCCAUUAUGAGUCAAGACGGAUCUUAUACUUAUUUCUACAAAGCCAAUAAGUACUGGAAAUUCAAUAACCAGUACGUGAAGGUUGAGCCCGGCUACCCCAAGUCAGUCCUCCGUGACUGGAUGGGUUGUGAGAGCGAGGAGCCCACGAAAGGUGGAAAAGACGUCACUGACAAAGUGGAGGGUGGUGUCGGGCCGGUGGCCGUGGUGAUUCCUCUCAUCCUGCUGGUGCUGGUGGUGGUCACUCUGGGAGCGCUUUUAUUUUUCAGGAAAUACGGCAUGCCCCGACGUCUCCUGUACUGUAAGAGAUCACUGCUGGACAAGGUGUAGGCAGACCAACGGGUGACUGACAGACUGCCACAGAGGGACAGACAGACAAUAUGAGGGAACGAGGGCCAGAUGAAGAUUGAAACUAAGAGUGUCAUGUGUGAAGGAGGAGAGGGGAACAGAACGACCACAGGAAACAAUGAAAGAUAUGUUGGGUGGUUUGUAAGUACCACAAAA